UUUUUAUUACCAUAUCCAUCUAAACCCCACUUUUUGAAAAACCUUUUUUUUAACCGUUGAUACGAUUGAUCUUCCACCAAAAGGGCUAUCAACUAUAUCACAACAUUCAUUCGCCAUGGCGAACUUUGAUCGUUGUGCUUUAUUCGCUGAAACGCAACGUGAAGCACCUUUACCACCUGCAGGCGUUGAAACAUUGCCGGAUCUAUUCGAAUGGCAAGCAAAGCAAAGAAAGGAUGCUACACUGUUCUCAUUUUAUGAUGGCCAAGAAACACCAAGAGUUGUUUCAUACGAACAAGCAUACGAACAAACACUUUCAUCUUCACAUAAACUUUGCAAACUUUUGGCAAAAACAACGGAACCUUAUAGUGGCACAAGUGUGAUUGGUAUUUGGCUGGAGAAGUCUAUCGAAUUACACCUUGCCAUCUUGGCCGCUACAUUCUCAGGUUCAACUUGGUUACCAUUUGAUCCUGAUGCACCUUCUGCUCGUAUCACAGCAUGCUUAAAGGACAGUCAAGCUCAAUUGAUCAUCUGUGAUCGUGCUCAUUUACAAUUGGCAUACGAAGCAACCAAUGAAUUAUCCAAUACAAACGUUGUUUUGAUUGACGAUAUCCUUGAUUCAACACAGGCAACAACUUCCACUCCUCUCACAAGACCAUGCAAAACUCAACCACAUGAAGCGGCAUAUAUGAUUUACACAUCCGGAAGUACAGGCACGCCGAAAGGGAUCGAAAUUCCUCAUGGAGCAGCAUUAACGUUUGCAUUAAGUGAAAGGACAGUAUUGCAAACCGAUCAAGAAGAUAUCGUUUGGCAAGGGUUCAGUCCCGCAUUUGAUAUGUUUAUCGAAGAAGUUUGGGUAAGCAUCGCUGGUGGUGCACAUUUGACAAUUGGUAGCCGUGAAGAAUGCAGAGAUGUUCCAAGUUUGGGAGGAGCAGAUGGAUUAUGGGCACAAAGAGGGGUCACUUUGGUCAAUGCAGUGCCAACAUUGAUCAAUAUAAUGACUUCUUUGGAUGAUCAAUGUGGAUUACCUCCUCAAGUACGUUUAUUGAACCUAGGAGGUGAGGCUUGUCCUCCUGCUUUGGUAAACAGAUUAUGGCAUCAAAAUUUGCAAAUUAUCAAUACAUACGGUCCAUCAGAAACCACAGUAACCGCAACAUUCCAAGAAUUAUUCCCAAACGAAACCGUUACGAUCGGUAAACCACUUCCGUCAUACCACGCUCUCAUCCUUCCAAUCGCCGAUGACCAUGAAGGCCCUGGACCUGCUCCAACUGCACCUCUGCCAAUCCAAGAAGGAAUAGAAGGUGAAUUGGCAAUCGGUGGAUCAUGUUUGGGUAAUGGUUAUGUUGGACGACCUGAACUCACGGCUGAAAAGUUCAUCAGGCAUCCCUUCGGAUCAAAGGAAGAACGUCUUUACAGAACGGGCGAUCGUGUUAGGCUUGAUGCAAAGCACAAUUUGAUCUUCUUGGGUCGUAUCGAUACCCAAGUCAAACAUCGUGGAUUCAGAAUCGAACUUGGUGAAAUCGAAUGUGCAUUAUCAUCCCAUCCAAACGUUCAAACUGUUUCAGUCAUUCUUUCAUCCGUCAAAACACGAUUGGAAGCUUAUGUUGUCAACAAAGGCGCCAGUUCCAUUGAUAUUCAAGAACUUCGAUCCACUUUGACUGCCUUGCCGGCGUACAUGCAACCUGAAGCAUACUUUUUCCUCAAAGCAGAAGAGAUGCCCAGAUUGCCAAGUGGAAAAAUCAACGCAAAAGCAUUACAAGAUGUUUCAAAACGAAUGGCAGAAAUUGAAGCAGAAUCGAAACAAGCAGCAGCUUCAGAAGCACUUGCACAACAACCCGAUAUCGAUCCUACUUCCGAUCUAGGCAUCUUGCUAAGCUUCAUGCAAACAGUCUUUCCACAAGCUCCAGCCAUUCUACCAGGCAGCGAUUUCUUUGACGAUCUCGGUGGACACAGUUUGGCUGCCGCUAUGCUUGUCUCAAAAUUGCGCAAAGAAUGUCCAGAAGAUUGUCCUCUUCGUGGAAUGGGUUUGCAAGAUAUUUACGUUUGCCGAACGCCAGAGAGUAUGGUGAGCAAAUACUCCAUCUCCUCCUCCAGCGAAGACCUCGAAGCAGAUUUGGAAGAAAAGGAAGAUCCAAUCGGUUACAAUGCUGGUGGACCAACGGGUGUAAUGACAGGAGAAAUUUGGCCUGUCUCUCAAACUCGUUUCAUCUUGUGCGGUAUUGCUCAAAUUCCAGCUUUGAUAUUCCUUUGGUUCUUGCAAUCUGUGCAAUUCUUGGUCCCUUAUUUGGUCUUUAUCGCCAUGCAUGAUUCGGUAGAUGAUAUUGGCCUUGCAAUCGUGGCUACUUAUGGUGCAUUCGUCGUUACGCCUUUCUUCUUGUUCGCUGUUGCUUUGAUCGGUAAAUGGAUUGUGAUCGGAAAGACAAAGCCAGGAGAAUAUCCGCUUUAUGGAGUUUACUACUUCCGUUGGUGGUUCGCCUCCCAUUUGGUUGGAAUGGUGGAUUUAGCCGUGAUUGCAGAAACUCCUUUGAUCAGGUUCUUUUGGCGUGCUUUAGGCGCUCGUCUUGGUGCUCACGUUAGCAUUGGUCAAGUCUUGGUCAAUUGUAUGGAUUUGGUCGAAAUUGGUGAUGAUGUCGUUUUAGCAAACGGUGUUAAUUUGACUCCUGCAGUUGCUGAACGUGGUAGAUUGAUUCUCAAACCUGUCAAGAUUGGUAAUGGAUCAAGAAUUGGCUCUAAUUCGGUCAUCGAAGGUGGAAGUGUCAUUGAGAAUGAUGUUGAAUUGAUGCGCGUAUCCAUGGUUCCUGAUGGAAUGUGUAUUCCAGCAGGUCAAAGAUGGCAUGGAUCUCCUGCCCGCUUCCUCGAUGCAUCUCAUGAACUUGGUUUGGAACGUCGUACUCGUCCAAGUCGAGCUCGUGUUUUGGCAACAGGUGCUGUGAUCUCCUUCUUGACUACUUUCAUCUUACCCAUCAUCUGGUUCGCACCUCAAAUUCCAACAAUGAUCCUCUUCGAAUUUGUUUAUUUGCACAACAUCAAUUACCUUUGGGCUCAAAUUGCAAUUCUCGCCAUUCCCGCCUCGUUUGCCUACCUCGGUUUGGUCUUCUUGGAGAUGAUCUUUUUCCGUUGGGUCGUUCUCGGUCACGUUAAAGAAGGAAAGUAUAGGACAACUUCUGUCUUUUUCAUUCGCAAAUGGUUCGUUGAUCGUUUGAUGGCACUCAGCUUGACUAUUCUAUAUCCCGUCUAUGCAACUUUGUACGUCAUUCCUUUCUUGCGUGCUUUGGGUGUCAAGAUUGGAGAUCGCGCAGAAGUUUCAACAGCAUCAGGUAUCAACUUCAACUUGACGGAAAUUGGUGAUGAAUCUUUCGUUGCCGAUAAUGUUUACAUUGGACCGGUGGAAGUCAGAGGAAACGCCAUCGAAUUGCGCAAGACUGUAUUUGCCAAACGUGCUUUCGCAGGUAACAGUUCAGUCAUUCCGCAAGGAACAACUUUGCCAUCAGAGACAUUGGUUGGAGUAUUGUCUGUUGCACCUGAUCCAGAUGUUUGCAAACCAUUAUUGGCCGGUCAAAGCUGUUUCGGAUCACCUCCAGUCAUGAUGCCCGCUCGUCAAGCCGCCAACAUUUGUCAUCCACCUCAUCUCUUGUACGCUCCAAAAGCAAGUCAAAUUGCUAUGCGUUUGUUCAUCGAAGGAGCUCGUAUCGUCUUGCCUCGUGCGGUAGUCAUCUUUGGAAUCGGUUUCGGUUGUUCAAUCUUCCGUGUUGCCUAUCAAAACAUUGGUAUUCCUGAAGCUGCUCUUCUCCUGCCAUUCUUCCAAGUGUUCAUGUUCGGUGUGCCAGCAUUAUUGUUCACCGUCUUAUCGAAAUGGAUCUUGAUCGGACGAUACAAGACGGCAGAAUGGCCUUUAUGGAGUAACGAAGUUUGGAGAUCGGAAUUCAUCACUUCAACGUAUGACUGCUUGGCAGCCCCUUCUUUCACCAAUCAAUUGACCGGAACGCCUUAUUUGGCCAUGUGUUUCCGUCUUUUCGGUGUCAAGAUUGGAAAACGUGUAACACUUUUGCACAACGAUAUCACCGAGUAUGAUAUGGUCACAAUCGGUGAUGAAGCAAUCAUCAACAACAAUGCAGGUGCACAAACGCAUUUGUUCGAAGAUCGUGUAAUGAAGAUUGGUCCAGUUACGAUGGAGCCUCGAUCGGUAUUGAAGUCAUACUCCAUCUGCUUGCCAAACAGUCGUAUCAGCGAGAAUGGUCAAGUUGGAGCACUUUCUUUGGUCAUGAAAGGUGAAUCAGUGCCAACAAAUGAAGCAUGGGAAGGAGCUCCUAUUGCACCUCGCCGUAAGCGCCGUCGUGGCUUGUUCACAUCUGGAAGGGAUGCAAGCCUCAACGACAAGACUACUACUGCAUCACCAACAAUUGCUUCUUCUGCUUCUUCUUUCAAAGUUGAAACAACAAGACCAUCCGAAGUUCCAACUCCUACAUUUGCCUUUAAGCCCGGAACAACGUUGAACAUCAAUCCUUCCAAUACGACAUUGGUUGAAGCUUUACAAAUGUCAGAUUUCGGAAGACCGCGUGGAGAUGGUAGUCGUGCUUCAAGUAAAUUCACCGAAGCAACUGCUACCCAUACCCGUCAAAGUAGUCGUGAUACCCGUUUUGGAUCGCGAAAUGAAUCACCAAAGCGUGGUCAACAAUGAAUAAAAAUUGUACAUAUAUAUAGAUUAACAUCAAACGCUCCUUUUUAUUGCCCGGUAAUUCGCUCUUCUGUUUCUGUCAUCUUGGAUCUGCUGCAUUGUAUAUAACUUACAGAAUAUCAUCCUAUAAUAUCGUCGAGAAGAA